AUGGGUUGCGCAUCAUCUGAUUCAGCUUCUGCAAAUAAUCCUAGAAAAUUAGAACAACAAAAAGAGUUUACAGGAGAAAAGAUAUCAUCAGAGAUCUUUGUCGACUUGAAGGAUGGCAACAUCUACGAAGAGUACGAGGUCAGGUCAACUUUGGGAGAAGGGGCAUUCGGCUGUGUUAAAUUAGUAGCUCAUCGCAAAACCAAGAUGCCAUACGCUAUGAAACAAAUCAAGAAAUAAGGAUUAAUUAAGGAGGACCAAAAGAUCUUAUUUAGUGAGAUGGACAUUUUGAGGUUAAUUGACCAUCCCAAUAUUGUUAAGUUACAUAAACUAUAUUAAGACAAUAUCCAUUAUUAUAUGAUCACUGAACUUUGCUAGGGUGGAGAACUAUUUGAUAAACUUGCUUCAGAAAAGAACUUUACUGAAAAGAAGGCAGCUGAAAUUAUGAAAUAGGUAUUAUCGGCUGUGACGUAUUGUCAUGAAAGGAAAAUCAUUCAUAGAGAUCUCAAAUUAGAGAACAUUUUACUUGAAACCAAAAGUGCCAAUUCAAACAUCAAAGUAAUAGAUUUUGGUACUUCUCGUAAAGUGCAAGAAGACGAAAAAUUAAAAUUAAAAAUUGGGACUUUGUAUUACAUGGCACCUGAGGUUUUCCAAGGUUAAUAUGAUCUCAAAGUGGAUGUCUGGAGUGUUGGGGUCAUUCUCUAUAUCCUCUUAUGUGGUUAUCCUCCCUUCAAUGGUGACGAUACAACAAUCAAGAAGAAAAUUCAAAAAGGCACUUUCGAAUUCAACGAUACUGAAUGGAGAUCUAUUUCCCAAGAAGCAAAAGACUUGAUUACUAAAAUGUUAAAAUUUGACCCCUAACAAAGAAUCACAGCUCAAUAGGCUUUGUCAGAUCCAUGGAUUCAAUCCAAAGCUCCCAAUAAUCCAGUACAACCUAAUGCACUAAAUAAUCUAAAGAAUUUCUAUAGUACAUCUAAAUUAAAAAAUGCUAUAUAAUUAUUCAUUGUCACUCAAGUUACAACCUAUCAAGAGAAGGAAGAAUAGCUCAAAUAAUUUAAAGCUAUGGAUACUGAUGGAAAUGGAACUAUCAGUCCUGAUGAAUUAAAGAAACAUUAUUCUAAACAUUAUGGGUAAGAUUAGGCUGAGAAAUUAGUUUAAGAAAUUAUGAAAUAGGUUGAUAUUAAUUAAUCAGGAUAAAUCGAUUUCAAUGAAUUUUUGGUGGCUGCAGUAAAUAAAGAAAAAAUACUUUCCCAAGAGAAAUUGAAGUAAGUGUUCCAGAUGUUUGAUAAAAACGGGGAUGGAAAAAUUCAAAGAGCUGAACUUUAAUAUAUUAUGUCAGGUAUAAAGAUUGAUGAUGGCUAAUGGAAGAAUAUUUUAGAAGAAUGUGAUAAGGACAAUGAUGGGGAGAUUUCUUUGGAUGAAUUAAUAACUCUGAUGCAAAAAUUAAAGUGA